CCAGAAGACUCUCUCCCGCCCUUUUCAGUUUAUCCGUUACAUUUUAUAAAACCCCCAUCUUCCUCUUCACCCUCCUUCCACAACAACACUCUUCAAAUACAAAUUGCUUUCUUCUUCGCUAUGGAAGCGGCUUCGUCCCCUCGUAAUCCUACUACAAUUGAAGAGAUCUUCAGAGAUUACAGCGCCUGUUGUGCUGGUUUGGUUCGCGCGUUAACCCAUGAUGCUGAUACAUUCUUUGCACUUUGUGAUCCAGACAAAGACAAUCUAUGUCUAUAUGGAUAUCCAAAUGGAAGUUGGGAAGUGACUCUUCCAACAGAGAAUGUCCCAUCAGAUAUUCCCGACCCGGUACUUGGAAUCAACUUUGCAAGAGAUGACAUGGACCGAAAAGAUUGGCUCCUCGCGGUUGCAAUCCACAAUGACUCGUGGUUGAUCUCUAUGGCUUUCUUUUAUGCCUCAUGGUUGUCGCUAAAUGCAGCUGAUAGGAAUUGUUUGUUUACCUCGAUUAACAACCUGCCCACUGUGUAUGAAGAUGUAAAAGAAUGGUUAGUUGUACAAGACAAGAGUAGUGAAGCUAGCGGAAGCAGAUCUAGGAUCCCCCAAAAGAGAUCAAGUGACGGACAGAGUAAAAGUACCUCAAAUAUGGUAGAAGAGAGUCAUGCGGAGAAUGAAGAAGAGCACAAGGUGACACUAUGUGGCAGCUGUGGUGAAGUCUACUACAAUGGGGAUGAGUUCUGGAUCGCGUGUGACUUCUGUCAGUUAUGGUAUCAUGGCAAGUGUGUGAGUGUCACACCCACAAUGGCCGAGAAGAUACACAAGUACAAAUGCCCUUCCUGCACCCUAAAACGAACCAAGCAGUAGUCUUCAGAAACUUAUUGGAUUUAGCAUACAACCGAUUUGCUUCUUAUUGUUGUGAAAAGAUUAACUCAGUCAUGCUAUAGUUACGUUUACAUCAUGAAGUGAAAGUUAGACAUUGCGUUUGCAACAAAGGAGCCAUAACCUUGAUGAGAGGUAUAUAGAUUACAUUUAGGUUAUGCUCAUUUUCAGAUUUUGGAGAACUAAUAAACAGUUUGUAAUCUUAUAUUGAUAAAAGUUUACUUU